GCUCACUACAGCACGCCGACGGCGCAGGUUGUCCUGGUCGGAAUCACCUGUUUCGCUACCGUCGGAAUGUUCAGCGCUGUCUCCAACUUGGGUGCUGGAGGUCUCAGCGACGUCUCCCUCUCCGACACUGCUAACGGCGUCCUCUACGGCUGCUUCGCCGUCACCGGUCUCGUGUCCGGCGGUAUCACCAACCUGCUCGGUCCGCGGUUCACGCUCUUCCUUGGUACCCUCGGCUAUGCGCUCUACGUCGGUUCUCUUUGGUGCUAUCAGACCCAGGGUACCGGAUGGUUCAUCAUCUUCGCUGGUGCGCUCCUCGGAAUCUCUGCCGCGCUCCUCUGGUCCGCGCAGGGCUCCAUCAUGAUGUCCUACCCACUCGAAAAGGACAAGGGCAAGGCGUUCGCCAUAUUCUGGGCCAUCUUCCAGUUCGGCUCGUUCAUCGGCUCGCUCAUCGCUCUCGCCAUCAACAUCCGCAGUGGCGGACUCUCUGCAGUCUCUACCUCCACGUACAUCGCAUUUAUCGUGAUCAUCUUCGUCGGUAUAGCAUCUUCCUUCUUGAUCCUCCCGCCAAACAAGGUCAUCCGUGCCGACGGUACGAUCGUCAAGCUUGAGGCAGCCUCCAAGCCACAUGAGGAGGCUAUCGGCCUUCUCAAGCUCUUCAAGGACUGGCGCAUGCUCGCGCUUGCCCCUAUGUUCUUCGCGUCCAACUACUUCUACGCGUACCAGGGUGCGGUCAACGCCGCCCGUUUCGACGGCCCCACGCGUGCCCUCAACGCGACGCUCGAGGGCGCGGGCGCAAUUGUCGGGGCGCUGCUCAUCGGCUACACCGUGCUCGACCUCAAGUGGGUCCAUCGCCGCACGCGCGGCUACCUCGGCCUCGCGGUGGUGUCCGUCAUGACCAUCAUCGUGUGGUCCGUCGCGCUCUCGUGGCAGGUGACGUUCAACCGCUGGGACGUCGACCACACGAACAACCCGAACUCGCUCCCCUUCAUCAACUACAAAGACGCGGCCUACCGGGGCAAGGGCGCGCUCUACUUCUUCUACUACUUCUCGGACGCGUGCUACCAGGCGCUCGCGUACUGGAUCAUGUCCGCGCUCACGAACGACCCCUUCACGCUCGCGCGGUACGCGGGGCUCUACAAGGCGCUGCAGUCCGCGGGCUCUGCGGGCUCGUUCGGCAUGGACGCCGUCGCGACGCCGUUCCUGAACGAGCACCUCGCGUCGUGGAUCCUGAUGCUCGUCUCGUUCCCGCUCGCGUUCCUCGUGCUCCGCACGGUCAAGGAGACGAACUACGACGACGAGCAGGUGGUGUACGUCGACGACGUCAAGCAGAGCGCGGCCGAGCAGGGCGCGCCCGCCGCGGAGGAGUCGAGCUCGAUCGAGAAGAAGAGCAUCUAGGCCGGGAUCUAGACCGCCUCUCGGGCGCACGUGUCGGGCGCGGGGUGGUAGGAAGUGCCUGUAACGAGACCGGGAAUGCUGAUACUUGGAUGUGGACAUGGAUGCCAUCGGCGUACUGACCAUGGAUGACCCCCACGCUGUGACUUCACGCACAUACUUUACGGCGCUCACGACGGUGAUGUUGUAUGAUGUACCACGGACUCGCGGGCCUGACGGAUACAUUGUAGGAUACGAUCUCCUCGCAAUUGGUCUGUUGUCAUCUGUCUUGUAAUGGGCUCUUUUUGCAUUUCUUUCGGGCGUAAUUGUGCAAUCAGACUGCCGUGCAUACACG